AUGGCCGAUCAAGAGACGCCCAGCUCGGCGGAGCACCAGACUCCUACCAAGCCUCCCUUCCAGAACGUGCGUACUGAUGGUCGAGCUUUUGCCUCUCCCAACUGGCGCACCAAAGGCAGCCCUGCUGCUCCCUCGGCCGACGCCAGCCCGGCCCGAAGCCCCAACCCGAACCUCAAUACCUCCCGUGCGGCAUUCAGUCGGCCCGGCGCCCAUGUCUCGCAAGCAAUCAGUGACGGACGUCGUCUGUAUGUAGGCAACAUGCCUUAUACUGCUAAGACGGAGGAUGUUGAGGCAAUUUUUAUGGCCGCUCAGAUGCCGAUCGAACGCAUUGAUAUCGCCAUUGAUCCUUUCACGGGCCGCAAUCCCUCCUACUGCUUUGUUGAUCUGCAACACAAAGAUCAUGCUGAGCGUGCUAUGGCCGAGCUUGAUGGUGUCAACAUGCUGGGCCGCCCAUUGAAGAUUAAGCCUGGUGUCGCAAAGUCCCAGGAGCGCAUUGAUAACCCACCUUCGCCAUUCAAAGUUGGAGGCUGGCGUGAACAGGAAAAGCCUAGCUUUGCCAAGAUCAACAGCGAUUCCAGCAGUCGCGUCUAUGUCGGUGGUUUGCCGCGAUUGACUGACCAUGAGAUUGUACAAAGCAACGUUGAGGCUUUCUUCGGCGAUUUCAAAGUUGAAAAUGUCAGCAAGCUGUUCACUCCCCAUCCCGCCAAGCGAUUCGAGCCCGGCGAGCACUACUAUCUGUUCGUUGAUGUCGGUUCUUCAGAAGAAGCCCAGAGAGCCAUGAAAACACUGAACAAACAAGUUGGACCAUGGGGUGCUCCAUUGCGUGUACAGCAUGCUCGUGGUUCCAAGACAACAGAAUGA